CUAACACGGCUACCACUCUGAAACAUUGCUCAAGAUUCAUCCCUGUUUUAACUCAGCUAUCUCCUUUGGCUUUGAAUCAAUUCACUGGUCAUCAGAAGAUUAUCUGAUGACAAAUAAUCUAUGGAUGUAAAAUGUGAAGCGGUUAACUAGUAAGCAUUAGUCCAACUAGUUAACCCACCAUAACAGGUUUUAGAGUAGCAGCCGUGUUAGUCUGUAUCUGCAAAAAGAACAGGAGUGCUGUAGCACCUUAGAGACUAACAAAUUUAUUUGAGUAUAAGCUUUCGUGGGCUACAUCCGAAGAAGUGGGCUGUAGCUCAAAUAAAUUUGUUAGCCUCAGGUGCCACAAGUACUCCUGUUCUUUUUCCACCAUAACAGUUAACUCCUGGCCCCAGUCGCGCUGGAUUGGCCCCAGCUGCUUAAUCGGUUAACCAUUUAAAUGAAAUAUUUUAAUUGUUUGAAUGUUUAACUUUUUAAUUGGUAUUUACAUCCCUUAAAUAAAGCAAGAUUAAAAUAGAGCUAAGGAAAAUAAACUGCAGCAUAAUAGGAAACCCCACAGGGAAGGUAUUGGGCUGUUCUUGAACAAUCCUUUCUAAAACUAUUGAGACUUUAACAACGUUUUAAUAAUAAUACACAACAUCUGGAAUCGUGAGCAUUUCUAGGAGGGCCUAGACUGAGGGCCAAAGCUAGCCCUGACAUAAGCAAGCCCUCCAGGAGAGCUGCUUGCUUUCUGCACCUCUGAGUUUUGCUCUAGAAAUUCAAAUGAUUCACUGAAAUACAAAACAGAAAACUUGCCCAAGAUUCCCCAAACAUUAGCACUGGAAUGGCAAUAGCUGGAGUCAUUUUAUUUGCAAAGAGUAUUAAAUUGACAACAAAAUUUACGAGUGCUUUGGAUAUACCAGUAGAAUUUAUAGAAAAGAAUGUGAAACUACGAGGAAAGUUAUGUCACAUAACUGAGAAAGGACUAGAAGUUGAACAUGUUCCCAUUAGCCUUCCUUUCCUGUCAUCAUUACAGAGAAAAUGGCAAUCAAAUGGUGUUUUGCUGGUCAGACUUGCUGGAGUGGAGCUGACACCGAAUGCUAUGGUCUGGUUACAGGAAGAGUUAAAACCUGCACAAAUGAUGUGGUUCCAGCUUCUUGGAAGGGAGGAUUUGGUGCUUGAUUGCCUCAUUUUAGUAAAUAAGGGUAGAUUUUUCAGUGUGUGUCUGAACGAAGAGAUUUUGAGACAAGGGCUUGGCAAAACAACACGUAUUGAAGGACUACAUCAUGACUCUCCAUUAUACUGGAAGCUUCACAAAAGACUACUUCAAGCAGAACUAAAAGCCUUGAAGAAAAAUAAGGGAAUAUGGAAAGAAGAAAGUUACUUUGAAAAACUUAGAGAUCAUAUAAGUAAUAAUAAAUUUGUACAGAAGUUAAAACAAUUUGUAAACUGGCUACGAAUACAUAUUUAAAAGUGAAAUGGGAAGGACUUAGCUGGAAAAAUGCUAUUUGGACAUGGACGAGUGUCUCUUUGGCGUGUGCUUUUUAUUAACGAUGAGCUUAUGAAGGAAAGCCUAAGCCUUGAUUUUUGAGGCUCCUGCCUCAAGGAAAAAUAUAGAAAAUAGUCCUAGUAAUGUUAUUUAAAGAGAUGUUUAAAUAUAGUAUAAUUCUUGUAUAAGAAUAAACUUCAGCAUGAUGAUGCCUGCUAAAGUGUGUUAAGGCCAAUAUUAUUCAAAUAUAGGAGUCUAAAGUUAUGCUUCUAAAUCCUUAAUUUAGGCUCUUAAAUAAGUGGUCAGAUUUUCAAGAGUGCCUAACACCCAGAUGACCCCAUUUACCUCAGUGGAAAUGAUUGAAGAUCCUAUUUUUGAAGAUCUAAAAUAUUCAUGUACAGUGUGACACUUUACUUUGCAGUGGAAUAUAAUAUGCAGGAGGACUGCUUGAAAACUGAAUAUUAAUUAUUAGAUAUCACUUAAAGAAAAUAACUUUCCAAUACUUCUGCUUUCCUGGAUCUUUGUUCUACAUAAGUAUUUUUGUUUGAGUCCAAUAUAAGGGAACACAUAUGUACUGUUUACUAUUUCUGUGUUUUAAAAGUUUUAACAUGUUGAAUAGCUAGUUCUACUAUGUAAUUAAUAGAAAAGAUGACUUGACACAGCUGAACUUAAAAAGAAGUGUGUAUAGAAGUUCCUAACCACGAGAAUUUAAAUUUAGAAACACAGUAGGUGAGCAUAAAUUAGUACAUCAAUAAACGACUUAUUUGCUUGUAGUAUAAAUACAUUAGCUUAUACAUUUGUAAAGAGUUGCAGAAUUUAAAGAUUAUAAUCUGGUGGAAGUGACCUUUUGAAUAUUCAUUGUUUGUUUCUAUUUCUAGGUUAAAUCAAGUGAAUUAUACAGGUUUUGUAGUCAAGAGCACUAAACUCUGUGCAACCUUGACAAUUAAACAUGGCACAUUAAAUUUCUUAUUCUCCUCUGUU